AUGUCCGAAAGCUGGCCCUCAUCCCAGGUGCCCCCUGCGCCCCAGACCCCCACCGGGGGGACGCAGCCAGCGGGGCAGACCACACCCGGCUCGCCCAUCGAUGACGAACUGGGCAACGAUGCCGAGGGCGUGUGGAGUCCCGACAUCGAACAGAGUUUCCAGGAAGCCUUAGCCAUAUAUCCACCGUGUGGACGGAGGAAAAUAAUUCUUUCAGACGAAGGCAAAAUGUAUGGUCGUAAUGAACUCAUCGCAAGGUAUAUCAAACUCAGAACGGGAAAGACGAGAACGAGAAAACAGGUUUCGAGUCAUAUUCAGGUUCUGGCCAAGAGAACUGCUCGGGAAAUCACAAAGCAGUUUAAGGUAGGCGACCAGCAGGACCAAGCAACGAAAGACAAGGCCUUACAGAGCAUGGCAGCGAUGUCGUCGGCGCAAAUCGUCUCGGCCACCGCCUUACAGAACAAAGCCGCGGCCAUGGGUCUGGGAGGGUUAGGGUUACCGGGGGCAGCACCGCUCAGACCGCCUUACCCGGGGACGCCGUUUUUGAGGAGAUGGGAGUUAGAGGGACAUAAUCAGUUAGAAAAGCAAUUAUGGCAGCCCGGGCUAACACAAGCGGGGCCAUCACAUGACAUCAAACCAUUCACAUCAGCCCAGCCUUACCCACCAACGGCGACGACGGUCAGUGAGUACGCCUCGGUCACGCCGGCAUGGGAAGGGAGGUCGAUCGGUAUGAGGAAGUUACGGCUCGUUGAGUUCCAGGCCUUCAUCGAAAGAACGAGAGAACCAGACAGCUAUAACAAACAUUUUUUUGUUCAUCUUGGUCCAAACGUCAGCUUCUACGAUCCUCUCUUAGAGGCGGUCGAUGUAAGGCAAAUAUACGACAAGUUUCCAGAGAAGAAAGGCGGCCUCAAAGAUCUCUAUGAGAAGGGGCCGUCAGAAGCUUUCUUCCUCGUCAAAUUCUGGGCGGACCUCAAUACGAAUAUGUCAGAUGAAACAGAUGUCUUCUAUGGUGUGACGAGCCAUUACGAAAGUGAAGAAAAGAUGACAAUCACCUGCUCAACCAAAGUCUGCUCAUUUGGCAAACAAGUCGUAGAAAAAGUGGAGACGGAGUACGGGAGGUACGAGAACGGUCACUUCAUCUACGAGAUUUCGCGGUCGCCGAUGUGUGAAUACAUGAUCAACUUCAUCCACAAACUCAAACAUCUCCCCGAAAAGUACAUGAUGAAUAGUGUACUCGAGAAUUUCACAAUACUACAAGUUGUCACGAACAGAGACACGCAUGAGACGUUACUAUGCAUUGCCUUUGUCUUUGAAGUGUGUACUAGUGAACAUGGUCCACAGCAUCACAUUUACAGACUUGUCAAAGACUAGCACAUUUUUUAUCGCAUAAAGACUUGGGAGAAGACUAUAGCUUUUUACUUACGUUUCCCACCUGUGUGCAAAGAACUGCCAAUUCUUUGAUCGUUCUCUUCUCGUAUUUUUUAAUCGUCUUUUCAACGUUUUUUAUCGCUGCUGGGGAGAGAUGUGAUCUCAAAGAUUUUGUAUCGUUUCUUGUCAAGAUUUAUAUGGAUUAUGGGCAAUGCAAGAGCUACAAGCAAGGUGUCAUGGAAUUUCAAUAACGUUCAUUUGUAAGGAAACGUCAUUGUAAACGUCAAAUGGGAGUGACCUCUGCAUGGUUCUUUCAACCCUACUUUAAGUGAUUCAUGGAUGAAUUUGCUCUUAGCCAAUCAGAUGGAAGGAUUUCAGUAGCUUGUAACAAUAGUCACUGACCAUUUGUUUCAUGACAUGCACCUCUGGACAGCUCAUGAGAAGGAAUUAAAUGCCGAACUAAACGUCCAAGCAGUAACAUUUUGGCACCGUUCCCUCCAGGCUGCUGUGUUCGCACCCAGAGAGUGAUGGAUUCAAACGUCAGAUGAAACGUUCAAAGAGUUCACUCUACGACAGCUCGACUUCCUCCUCGAAGGCAUACUGACAUAGCUAAUUCUAAAGGCUUCAUUUCUUUGCGACACCCAUUGCCAACUUAUAUCUUCAAGCGCUUCACAGACGCCCCUUUGCACUGUCCGAUCCAAGUUCUGGAGACAUCUUUGUUUCUCUGCGACACUCCAUGAAGCAUACCCCUCUAUACAGACACACCUUUGCGCAGUCAGACUCAAGUUCUCAGUCCAUCCGGUGACACCUGUGAAGAAUCAGGCCUUUUCGCUGUCAAAUCAAGUUUUCAAAAUCACCCUAUACCCCUGUUAGUGCCCUUCUACUUCUACAUCACAGCAUCCUAUUAAGCUAUCAUCCAAAUAGCCAUCGAGGCCUUUUAUGCCCUUCUACAACCAACCCCUCUUCGGUUAGGACAGGGCUCAUGUCAUCAUUUCCCCAAUGACCACUGACGCACAAGAGUAUUCAAGUUCGCAUGUUGGAGAUGAACGUCUACUACACUGAAUUGUGAACUCUUCAAAACUUAGUGGUGGUUUUUAUUUAUAUUAUUCAAAAUUUUGAUGGAAUGUGAAUCAAGAGAUGGUUCAUCAAUGCAAGGGCAUAUAUGAUAAUGUUGAGCCUUAAAACAUGUAAUUCUACUGUCACAAUGCCUUUACGAAGACCAUCCGAACGGUUUCAGACCAAUUUAUUGCAGUGUAUUGCUAUGCAUAAAAAUUGAUUGUAAGAUGAUCGUUCAGGUAUUUGUGACAGUAGCGUAAACUAAGCACUGUAUUCUUUGUUCCUCUGGUUGUUCUUUUAGAGAUGAUUCACAAUGUGCUGAUCAUGAAUACCAGCUGGCCCUUGUUUCACAAAACAUGAUGUUUACUAGUGGGGUGUUGCAAGAAAUCCCCAAAUCAGUCAUGUCUUGGAGUUAAUUGUAAAUUUGCGUUUGAUUGCUAAUUUGCUUCUUGCCACAAGGAGUGGAAUCUGGGGCCCGUCCUACAAAGAGUUGCGAUUGAUCCAAUCAAUCGCAACUGUGGAAAGCCAGCAACAUCAACAUCUAGAAGACAUGUUUGUUCAAAAUAUUUUCUAGAAAUGUUCAUACAUUCACUGUUUUUUCUUGACAAUUCAGUAUGCUUCUCUUUGUUUUCAAAGGACAUCGAGCAAAUUUCCUGAAGAAAAAAUGAUGACGUGGAUUUCCAUAUGAGAUUGAUCGGAUCAUCAUCAAUCGUAAAUCUUUGUAAGACGGGGCCCUGAUUUGCUACAGCUAAAAUUUAUCUAUCAAUUGUAGAAUGGCAAUACAUGCUUGCAAUUGAUUGCGAGAUAUUUUCAUGCAACACCCCCCAUGAUUGCAUAAUAACACUGAAUGGUGUCAGUCCCAACACAAACUUUGCAUCAAGUUGGGUGUUCUGACUGGUGUUUUAUUUUGCUCAAGCACCAAAACCAGUGUUCAGGGUCCCGUCUUACAAAGAGUUGCAAUUGAUCCGAUCAAUCGCAACUAUGGAAAGUCAACAUAUAAAAUGCAUGUUUGUUCAAAAAAAAUUCUGGAUAUAGAUGUCUAUCCAUAAAUUCAUUGAUUUCUUGACAAUUUGGUGUGUUCUCCUUUGUUUACAAAGGACAUUUUGCAAAUUUCCUGUAGAAAAAAUUAUGACAUGGAUGGAUUUCCAUAGAGUUACGAUUGAUUGGAUCAAUCAUAACUGUAAGACGGGGCCCAGUGUUCAACUUAGACAACAUAAAUUUAUUUUUGAAAUCACUUGAUGUCUACAAUACACAUAUUAGGUGAAAAGUUGGUUGUGAUUGAAAAGACUAGGACUAAAUUGCUCAAAGUCCAUACAUGUAUUCAGCAUCUAAGUUACAUAAGGUUGUGUCUGUGACACAAAGGGGUUAUUUUCAUUAAAGGGGUUAUUGUGUAUUUUCAUAACUUACUUCAUGAGGAAGUAGGCUAUUUUUUAAGAUGGACAAAGAUAAUUGAGAAAGUGUGGUAAAAAGCAGCAUUUUAUUGAAAAAAACAAACAUCAACAUCUAGAAAUAAUCAACCAGACACAGAUCCCUGACUCGGGAAUUUGCUAGGGCUAUUUUUAUCAUUUUCCAGGGCUUUUUGAGCAUUUUCAUUUUGCCCCAAUCCACUGUAUUUUCCCCUGAAAAGGUCAUCAUUUUGGCUGGUAAUCUCAAAAAGUAACCCAGAAUACAACACCCCCCCUUGUAAUACUCGUCUAACCAAAAUUCAAGAAAUUUUUCUUGACACGCCCUGGAGAGUUUCGAGAUUAAUCAGGAUUCCUGUCAGUUUUAAGGCAAAUUUGAAGCAAAUUUACAAGCAUUCGUAAUAGCUCUUUCUUAAAUCAAAGCACGUAACGAUUGAUUUUAUAGAAAUGAAAUGUAUUUAUUAGCACAAAUAAUUGUGGUUUCUUUUUCUAUUUUCUAUAUGUCUGUUUCAUAUCCUGAUAAUUGUAAUUAUUAGCGAUGAAAUUUUACCAAAAAGUAUCUGUCUUUUUAGUCCUUAUGCAAAGUGCCUAAUAAGUGAUAAUCUACUGUCGACAGUAUUAUUCUGAUUGAGGCAUUGUCUUUUUAUAGGAAGUAAAAUUGAUUAGGAUUCGUCUUUAAAACAUAUUUGUUUUAUUUAUCCUCUUUUGAUAUAUCUUUGAAUGUUAGGAGUCAUAGGCCAAGUCCGCCCGAACAACAAGUUGAAUAAAUAGUGGAAAUUCAAAAAAGCAUGAUGCUGAAUAUUUCAUCAAAAAGUCCGAUCUAAAUUGACAAAAUUACAAUAAUGAUGAUAAUAAUACUGGCUUUAUAGUGCUUAAUGCAUACUUUAUUAUGACACUCACUAAAUUAUGACACUCACUAAAUCAUGACACUUUUAAGUUUCUCUUAUUUUUACUAACAGUAACAUGCAAAUAUGGGAAGUGAUGACAUUCAUGCACUCAGUAUUUCCUUUGAAUUUUAUUAAAUUUUUAUUUUAUUUUAUUUUUUUAAAAUUUUUUUGUGGGGGGUGAUUAGAUCAUAUCUUUUUAUUGACCCAUAUUAAGUUAUAUUUCUGGCGAUUCCAUAUUUUCAAGUAAGAGUCUACCUGUUUUCAAAACACGAGCUAUGAAUAUUCUAUUUAUUUUUAACAAAAAAAGAAAGAAAAGUGUUGAGUGUAUCACGUUAUUGGUUCCCUCACUAACUUGCACAAAACCAGUGUUCUGAAAAAAUAAAAACAUUGUCAAAAUAAGAGAAGCUUUAAAGUGUUCACACUUUUUUU